AUGUCACAAUACUACAACUUUGAUGAAAAUGUCUUUCGAGACGACGUGGAAGAUGCUCUCCAAACUGUUGAAAAGAUUCUUGACGCAGAUCGUCGCCCUCGUCCUGCCGAAGAAGUCCAUCACAAGUAUGAAAACAAGUACGAACUCGCGAAUUACAUGACCAAUAUUUCCAUUGUGGCCCAGAUGAAUGUGCUUGAGCGUUUGGGAUUCACCCCUCAGAUCAUUCAGCAACUGGAAGAUACCAAGACAAAGACCACUACUUUGCGAUUUGAAGCUAGCGAGAUCUGCACCUUUCUCAAGGAGCAAACCGUCGACGUCCCAGAUCCAUAUGCUGUAGAAACGGUAAAAGAAAGGACAUCUGUACUCGGAUCUACCCCAUUCAAGUCUAAGUCUUCGACUAUUCACAAGGUUAUCAGGAAAGUAAACGAGUAUCACUGGACAGUCAAGGCACACUGGGAAAUCACAAUAUUCUCAGGAACUGAAGUUGAUAAGAAGAUCAUGCUUCAGAGUCGGGAUUCGUCAACCAUUGUUGUGACGCAAUCCAAGGAUGCUCCCAUGGAAAAGGUAGAGAAGCAUACUCCAGUGGACCUCAACUUGACUUGGAUGUUAAAGCAAAUCGACAUGGAGAACAAAGCUACUGGCUUUUCCAUUGAUGUCACGAAGGCCAAUACACCUCGACGCAAUGAACAAGUGGAAGCGUCCAUGAAUUUUUUCUGCUCUCGUAUGAAUAGCUGGCUUUACAAUGUGAAGAGUCACUUCUCACGGAAUUUGCAAAGGAUCAUUAGCAGCAUCCACAAUCCGGCAAUUCCACCACCAUCUCACCAAGAGAAGCUAGCACGCCAAUGCUCGGCCAGCGGCCUUUUUCAACCGAUCUUGCCUAUUCUAGAAGAAAAUAAAGUCAAAGACGGUGAGAGUGUGAAUGACGAGCUUCUCAUCCUGGAGGGAGGAGACAACGCAGAUGCUCCACAAUCGGUUUCCACGUUGGCGCUACCUUCUGGAAUUAGCCAUGCCAAGAAACAAGAAUGUCAGUUGUUGUUGGGAAAGGACACCAUUCAAUUGUUGAAUGCUCAAGUCAAAUCCAUCGAUACCAAGCUGAAGAGUCUCAAUGAAGUCUUUCCCGCCUCACAUCAAAUGAAGCUAUUCUCCAUUGCCGAGGCGACAGUCUUUCUCAUGUUGGAUCACUCGGAAAAGCUUUGCUUGCAGUAUCAGCAUGCCAUUGGAUACCUGGAAAAGAUGUUGGAGAACCAACUCGUUGCAGCAAUCGGCAAGCGUGUAACCAAUGAUGAUCUCGAAGAGUUUGUCCGCUUCCACAAUGCCAAGUUUCUGACGAUUCCGCCAAAGCCAUUUUGUCAUGCCAUUGGUCGCCCCAACCGCUUCCCAUAUGGUGUCUUGAGUAUCGAAAGCAAGGGAGACAGCGACAAUACCAUCCCGAUUGAGACCAUGAUGCGACCAGUCCAAAUGGAAGCUCCCCUCGAGGUCCCACUCAAUGCAGCGACAACAUUGCAACUGACUGGCAAUACGUAUUUGCAUGGAUGGAUGCACCAGCGCUCAGAAUCAGGUGGCACCAACAAGUCAUUUCAGCUAUCAGCUCGCGCGCGUCAGUUUUCGUCGUUUAUGUUGGUGAUUGGAACCAUGGCAGGUCCCAAUAAAUUGAAUCCCAAGGAUGCUAUCAUUCUGCAAAAUAAGGACGAGGUGCUGAUUCCACUACUAUUGGAAGAGAUUCCGUCUGCAAAGGAGUUUAAGGAUGCCAUCGAGUCGUUGUCACCAGAGCAACAGCGAUUUGCCAAGUCAUUCCGCGGGAUGCAAUUGGAGUCUUCAGUGUUUGGCGUUGCUGUGAUCCAGAUCAAGCCUCAACUAGAGGCUCUACUAGGACUACCUGAAGACUCGUUGGCGAAGGAGAUCAAACUGACCGAAGAUCUGAUGGAGCUGUUUGUGGAGUACCAGGUUCCAUCUGAUUUGCUGUCCUACGACGAACUUGCUGUGGCAGUGAGUACGAGCGAGAAGGUGGACAUCGUACGUCAAAAUGUGAAGGCAGUGAUGAGUGUGGUCGAAGGCACAAAAGAGAAGCAAUUGGAAGCGAAGACGAUGAAGGCUGAAAUGGCUGUGGCAUCAGCUGCUCAAGAAUUGUGUUUUGAACAAGAUACAAUUCCAUCUAUAGGGGCUUCGUAUGGGGAUUAUUCGCCUCCCCCUUGUGGAAGCAUGCGCAGAUCUGCUGGCGGAGGAGGCGGCGGUGGACGAGGUGGCGGACGACGAGGUUUUGCAGAAGUACUAGGCUUGGGAGCAAACUUUUCUCGUGCGCCCUCCAGAGAGGAAGGCUGUGGCUCCCCGCCCCCGCAGGUGUUGCUGGGAAGAUCGAAAGGCAAUGUGAUUCCAAAGAAUAGGCAGCUCGACAGGGGUGCACCCCCUCCUCCCAACAGUACAGAUGCCGUAUGGAUAAAGCAGGAGCCUGACUAUGACUGGAGUAGCGAAAAGCCCAAAGAUGCCCUUUGGAAAAAGGAGGAGCCGAAUUACGAUUGGUCUGGUGCCCAACCAUUUGAGAGACCAGCGGAUGGUUUAGUUACACUUUCUACAACCUCUCGGGACGACGACGAGCCAGGUGAAUACAAAAAACAAAACGUGGAAAAUAAUAUAGUCCCAAAUAGCACCUCGAAGACAAAACGUUCGCCCUCUCAGGCAGUUGAUUUCACCAGUAUUCCCAAAACGCUGGACGCAACCAUCGAAAAAUUCGACAAGGACAGCACUCUUCGAUCCACAAAACUCAAAACAAUGGACACAUGGUCACGCAAGCGACAGCCAGAUCUGCUCACAAAGCCAACAACAAAUACGCUAGCGGCAAAGGAUGUCAAAUCCGAGUCCAACAAGGCUUAUGAUCUCCUGGAUGCCAUCAGUCGAAGUGGUUCGUUGCCCAUUGCCUACUCUGACUUGCAUGUGGUCGUUUGUGUGACGCAUUGUUUUGCGAAGGAUGUGAUGGCGACUGUGGUAGAAGAUAACGUGAACCCUAUCGAAAAGCUCGAAAUGUCGACAUUAUUGCUGGGAUCGGCUAUCCAUGGAACAAAGCCGAUAGAGUUGAUUGCUGAGGAGGCAAACCGUGCUCGAUUUCAGUCUUCGUUUCCGCUUAUGCUCGAAACAGAAGGAGGGGCUGUUUAA